AUGAGAAUUCCUCGUCAUUCCUCGCCGCUGCUCCUGGUCUGGUUCGUCUUAACGCCGCUCGUGUGGAGCCUGAACACCGAUGGCGUCGCGCUCCUCGCCCUCUCCAAGAGCUUGCUGCUGCCGGAUUCGGUCCUCUCCACCUGGAACUCCUCCCACUCCUCCCCCUGUCGCUGGACCGGCGUCCGCUGCGGCGCCGCCGGCCGCCGCGUCGUCUCCCUCGACCUCUCCGACAGGGGAGUCUCCGGCGCGCUGGGGCCGGAGAUCGGCCGCCUGAGUCGUCUCCGACAGCUGAUCCUCUCCGGUAACUCCCUCUCCGGCCAGAUCCCGCCGGAACUCGGCAACUGCUCCCUGCUGGAAAACAUCGAUCUCUCCUCCUCCGGCAUCUCCGGCGAGAUCCCCGGCGGCCUCUGGAACUUGCGCAGGCUCUCGCACCUCUCCCUCUAUCAGAACUCCCUCUCGGGGGAGAUCCCUAACUGGCUCUUCCAUCUUCCUGCCCUCGACACCGUCUACCUCAACCGUAACAACUUCUCCGGCGCGAUCCCCGAGAGCGUCGGCAACAUGACAGGCGGCACCGUCCUAUGGCUGAACAGGAACUCCCUCUCCGGCCAGAUCCCCAGCUCCCUCGGCAACUGCAGCAAGCUCCAGGAGAUCUACCUGCAGGACAACCAGUUCACCGGAGCUAUCCCUGAUUCCUUCGCCAACCUCCGGAAGCUCGUCUACCUCUACCUGAGCAGGAACAAGCUCGCCGGAAGAAUUCCUCUGGGCUCCGCGCCGUUCCCCAACCUGAAAGAACUGGAGCUCUCUUCCAACAGCUUCACCGGCGAGAUCCCCGGCGGGAUCGGGAACUGGACUCGUCUGGUUAUCUUUUCAGUCACGAGGAACAACCUCUCCGGCCCCAUUCCUCCUUCCUUCGGUUCCCUGACGGCGCUCUCUGAUCUGCUACUCCCUGAGAACCGUCUCUCAGGGCCGAUCCCCCCCGAGAUCGGAAGGUGCAGAUCCUUGACCUUGCUGCACCUGCAGGAGAACCAGUUGGAAGGCGCUGUUCCUGGAGAGCUGGCCAACCUGAGCAGUCUGAAGAGCCUGAUCUUGUUCGGGAACAAUCUGAGCGGGGAGCUCCCCAGAGCGAUCUGGAGCAUCCCCACACUGCAGGAGGUGCUCAUCUACGACAACAAUCUCUCAGGGGAGCUGCCGCCGGAGAUGGCCGAGCUCAGGGACCUGAAGAACGUCACCCUCUUCAACAACCGGUUCUCCGGGCAGAUCCCUCCAGGGCUGGGGCUCAACAGCAGCCUGGAGAUUGUGGACUUCACCAACAACAGCUUCGUCGGAGAGAUUCCCCCGCACAUCUGCUCCGGGAAGCAGCUCUGGGCCCUGGACCUGGGCUCCAAUCUUCUCCACGGCAGCAUACCUCCAGGGGUGGGGAGCUGCUCAACUCUCAGAAGGUUGAUUCUCCAGAACAACAACUUGACUGGGCCCAUCCCAGAUUUUGCAUCCAAUUCCAGCCUCGCCUUCUUGGAUCUGAGUGGGAAUCAUCUCAGCGGCCCCAUUCCGAAGAGCUUGGGAAGCUGCAAGAACAUCAGCUCCAUAAUCCUCUCCCUGAACAAGCUCACAGGAACCCUUCCCCCAGAGAUCGGCAACUUGAAGAGGCUCACUGUCUUGAAGCUCUCCUCCAAUAGCUUGAGCGGUGAGAUCCCCGGAGAGAUUUCGUCCUGUAGCCAAAUCAACCAGCUAGAUGUGGGAUUCAAUUCUCUAAAUGGCUCGUUACCAGAAAGCAUGGCGAAUCUGACUCGAUUAACUCGGUUAAUGAUGCAAGACAACCAGCUCACCGGGGGGAUCCCUGAUUUCUUGUCAAGAUUCAGGGGACUCUUCGAGCUGCAGCUCGGUGGAAAUGAUUUCGGUGGGAGGAUACCUUCGUCACUGGGAUCCUUGGAGAACCUGAACGCCGGUCUGAAUCUCAGUGGCAAUGGACUGGUUGGAGAUCUUUCCUCUCUGGCGUCUCUGAAGACGCUCCUAAGGCUGGAUCUAUCCAAGAACAAUCUUACAGGAGAUCUCUCGCACCUGGAGGACAUCCCGCUGACCUUCUUGAAUGUAUCCCAUAAUCAUCUGUCCGGCCCCGUGCCCAAGAAAUUUUGGGCACUUGUGAUCGCCUCUCCGAGCUCCUUUCUGGGCAAUCCCGAGCUCUGCAUUCCUUGCCAGAGUGGUGAUUCGAUCUGCAGCGACAGGAGUGUUGUUCUCAGCCCCUGCACCAGCGGAUCGGCCAGCGGACGAGGACUUCGCAGGAUCCACGUCAUAGCCAUAGCUCUUUGCUCAUCCAUCGCCUGCCUCGUGGUGGUCCUCCUCUCGGUACACGCCUUGCUUCGCCGAAAGAAACCAGAUCGAGGAACAGAGCCUGCUCUGGGAGAGGGUUCUUCGCUCCUGCUGAGAAAGGUGAUGGAAGCAACAGAGAAUCUGAAUGACAGGCAUGUCCUAGGCAGAGGCGCCCAUGGAACAGUCUACAGGGCGCAGCUCAGCCAGGGAAAGGUUUACGCGGUGAAGAAGCUCGUGUUCAAGAACCAGAAGGGCUCAAACGCGAGCAUGAUGAGAGAGAUUGAGACCAUGGGGAAGAUCAGGCACAGGAGCCUGGUGAAGCUCGUUGACUUCUGGAUGACAGACGAAUAUGGGCUGAUUCUCUAUGAUUAUAUGCAGAACGGAAGCCUUCACGACGUUCUUCAUCUGGGCAAGCCACCGCUGGCCUUGGGAUGGAAUCUGCGGCACAGGAUCGCCUUGGGGACCGCCCACGGAUUGGCUUAUCUCCACCAUGACUGUAAUCCCUGCAUCAUUCAUCGAGAUAUCAAGCCGAAGAACAUACUCCUGGACUCGGAGAUGGAGGCCCACAUCUCGGAUUUCGGCAUAGCCGGGCUCUUGGAUCAGUGCUCUUCUCCGGGCGAUACGUCUGGCCUCAUGGGCACCUUCGGGUACAUCUCCCCAGGUAAGAUCCCACCGGCUCUCAAACCUCAAACCCUAAUUUCAGACCUCACCCAUUGACCGCGUCCAUUCCUCCAGAGUCGGGAUUCUCAACCAGGAGGAGCAGAGAAUCGGACGUCUACAGCUACGGCGUCGUGCUGCUGGAACUGAUCACCAGGAAGAUGUCUCUCGACCCCUCCUUCCCCGAGGACACAGAUCUGGUGAGAUGGGUGACCUCCACUCUGGACGGAUCCCACGAACUCGAGAGGAUCGUCGAUCCAGACCUUGCACAAGAGGUCUCCGCCUCCGGAGAAGCCGAGGAGGUGAGGGAAGCGCUGCUGCUGGCACUGCGAUGCAUCGACAGAGACCCCAAUCGAAGACCCUCCAUGCGGGAAGUGGUGAAGCUCCUGCAAGAUAUGAAAUCUAGCGUCUCACGCAGCAGACCUGCGGAGCCGACGACAUUUGGAAGAGCCUCGGAGGCGUGA